AUGGACGUGGACAUGGACGUGGACGUGGACGUGGACGUGGACAUGGACGUGGACGUGGACGUGGACAUGGACGUGGACAUGGACGUGGACGUGGACGUGGACAUGGACGUGGACGUGGACGUGGACGUGGACGUGGACGUGGACGUGGACAAAAAAAUGAACGUGGACGUGGACGUGGACGUGCACAUGGAAAUGGACGUAGACAUGGACGUGGACGUCGACGUGAACGUGGACGUGGACGUGGACGUGGACAUGGACGUGGACGUGGACGUGAACGUGGACGUGGUCGUGGUCGUGGACGUGGACGUGGACGUGGGCGUGGUCAUGGACGUGGACGUGGACAUGGACGUGGUCGUGGUCGUCGACAUGGACGUGGACGUGGUCGUGGACCUGGACGUGGACGUGGACGUGGAGGACGUGGACGUGGAGGACGUGGACGUGGACGUGGAGGACGUGGACGAGGACGUGGAGGACGUGGACGUGGACGUAGACGUGGACGUGGACGUGGAAGUGGACGUGGAGGUGGACGUGGACGUGGACGUGGACCUGGACGUGGACCUGGACGUGGACGUGGACGAGGACGUAGACAUGGACGUGGACGUGGACGUGGACGUGGACGUGGACAUGGACGUGGACGUGGACGUGGACGUGCACAUGGACAUGGACGUGGACGUGGACGUAGACGUGGACGUGGACGUGGACGUAGAAAUGGACGUGGACGUGGACGUGGACGUGGAGGUGGACGUGGACGUGGACGUAGACAUGGACGUGGACGUGGACGUGGACGUGGACGUGGACGUAGAAAUGGACGUGGACGUGGACGUGGACGUGGACGUGCACGUGGACAUGGACGUGGACGUGGACGUGGUUGUGGACGUGGACGUGGACGUGGACGUGAACGUGGACGUGGUCGUGGUCGUGGACGUGGACGUGGACGUGGACGUGGUCAUGGACGUGGACGUGGACAUGGACGUGGUCGUGGUCGUGGACGUGGACGUGCUCGUGGACGUGGACGUGGAGGACGUGGACGUGGAGGACGUGGACAUGGACGUGGAGGACGUGGACGAGGACGUGGAGGACGUGGACGUGGACGUGGACGUGGACGUGGAAGUGGACGUGGACGUGGACGUGGACCUGGACGUGGACCUGGACGUGGACGUGGACGUGGACGUGGACGUGGAAGUGGACGUGGACCUGGACAUGGACCUGGACGUAGACAUGGACGUGGACAUGGACGUGGACAUGGACGUGGACGUGGACGUGGACGUGGACGUAGACAUGGACGUGGACGUGGACGUGGACGUGCACAUGGAUAUGGACGUGGACGUGGACGUGGACAUGGACGUGGACAUGGACAUGGACGUGGACGUGGACGUGGACGUGGACGAGGACGUAGAAAUGGACGUGGACGUGGACGUGGACGUGGACGUGGACGUGGACCUGGACGUGGACAUGGACGUGGACGUGGACGUGGACGUGGACGUGGACGUGGACGUGGACAUGGGCGUGGACGUGGACGUGGACGUGGACGUGGACGUGGACGUGGACCUGGACGUAGACGUGGACAUGGACGUGGACGUGGACGUGGACUUGGACGUGGACGACAUGGACGUGGACGUGGACAUGGACGUGGACGUGGACGUGGACGUGGACGUGGACAUGGACGUGGACGUGGACAUGGACGUGGACAUGGACGUGGACAUGGACGUGGACAUGGACGUGGACGUGGACGUGGACGUGGACAUGGACGUGGACGUGGACGUGGACGUGGACGUGGAUGUGGAGGAGGACGUGGACCUGGACGUAGACGUGGACGUGGACGUGCACAUGGAAAUGGACGUAGUCAUGGACGUGGACGUGGACUUGAACGUGGACGUGGACGUGGACGUGGACAUGGACGUGGACGUGGUCGUGGACAUGGACGUGGACAUGGACGUGGACGUGGACGUGGAGGACGUGGACGAGGACGUGGACGUAGAAAUGGACGUGGACGUGGACGUGGAUGUGGACGUGGACGUGGAAGUGGACGUGGACGUGGACGUGGACGUGGACGUGGAGGUGGACGAGGACUUGGACGUGGACGUGGACGAGGACGUGGACGUGGACCUGGACGAGGACGUGGACAUGGACGUGGACGUGGACGUGGACGUGGACGUGGACAUGGACGUGGACGUGGACGUGGUCGUGGACGUGGACGUGGACGUGGAGGACGUGGACGAGGACGUGGAGGACGUGGACGUGGAGGACGUGGACGAGGACGUGGAGGACGUGGACGUGGACGUGGAGGACGAGGACGUGGACGUGGAAGUGGACGUGGACGUGGACGUGGACCUGGACGUGGAGGUGGACGUGGACGUGGACGUGGACCUGGACGAGGACCUGGACGUGGACCUGGACGUGGACGUGGACGUAGACGUGGACGUGGACGUGGACAAAUGGACGUGGACGUGGACGUGGACGUGGACGUGGACGUGGACAUGGACGUGGACGUGGACGCUGGACGUGGACGUGGACGUGGACGUAGAAAUGAACGUGGACGUGGACGUGGACGUGGACAUGCACGUGCACGUGGACGUGGACGUGGACGUGGACGUGGACCUGGACGUGGACCUGGACCUGGACGUGGACGUGGACGCGGACGUGGACGUGGACGUGGACGCGGACGCGGACGCGGACGUGGACGCGGACGCGGACGUGGACGCGGACGUGGACGUGGACGUGGACGCGGACGCGGACGUGGACGUGGACGCGGACGCGGACGCGGACGUGGACGCGGACGUGGACGUCGACUUGGACGUGGACGUGGACGUGGACGUGGACGUGAACGUGGAAGUAGACGUGGACGUGGACGUAGAAAUGGACGUGGACGUGGACGUGGACGUGGACCUGGACGUGGACUUGGACGUGGACGUGGACGUAGAAAUGGAUGUGGACUUGGACGUGGACGUGGACGUAGAAAUAGAUGUGGACGUGGACGUGGACUUGGACGUGGACGUGGACGUGGACGUGGACGUGGACGUGGACGUGGACGUGGACGUGGACAUGGACGUGGACUUGGACGUGGACUUGGACGUGGACGUGGACGUGGACGUGGACGUGGACGUAGAAAUGGACGUGGACGUGGACGUGGACGUGAACGUGAACGUGGACGUGGUCGUGGUCGUGGUCGUGGUCGUGGACGUGGACGUGGACGUGGUCAUGGACGUGGACAUGGACGUGGUCGUGGUCGUGGUCGUGGACGUGGACGUGGUCGUGUACGUGGACGUGGAGGACGUGGACGUGGAGGACGUGGACAUGGACGUGGAGGACGUGGACGAGGACGUGGAGGACGUGACGGACGUGGACGUGGACGUGGACGUGGACCUGGACGUGGACCUGGACGUGGAACUGGACGUGGACGUGGACGUGGACGUGGACGUGGACGUGGACCUGGACGUGGACCUGGACGUGGACCUGGACGUGGACCUGGACGUGGACGCGGACGUGGACGAGGACGUGGACGCGGACGUGGACGCGGACGGGGACGCAUACGUGGACGCGGACGCGGACGCGGACGUGGACGUGGACGCGGACGCGGACGCGGACGUGGACGCGGACGUGGACGUCGACUUGGACGUGGACGUGGACGUGGACGUGGACGUAGAAAUGGACGUGGACGUGGACAUGGACGUUGACUUGGACGUGGAAAUGGACGUGGACGUGGACGUGGACGUGGACGUGGACGUGGACAUGGACGUGGACCUGGACAUGGACGUGGACGUGGACCUGAACAUGGACGUGGACGUGGACGUGGACAUGGACGCGGACGUGGACGUGGACGUGGACGCGGACGCGGACGUGGACGUGGACGCAGACGCGGACGCGGACGUGGACGCGGACGUGGACGUCGACUUGGACGUGGACGUGGACGUGGACGUAGAAAUGGACUUGGACGUGGACGUGGACGUGGACAUGGACGUGGACGUGGACGUAGAAAUGGACGUGGACGUGGACGUGGACGUGGACGUGGACAUGGACGUGGAAGUGGACGUGGACGUGGACCUGAACGUGGACCUGGACGUAGACAUGGACGUGGACGUGGACGUUGACGUGGACGUGGACAUGGACGUGGACGUGGACGUGGACGUGGACGUGGACGUGGACGUGGACGUAGAAAUGGACGUGGACGUGGACGUGGACCUGGACGUGGACGUGGACGUGGACGUGGACGUGGACGUGGACGUGGACAUGGACGUGGACGUGGACCUGGACGUGGACGUGGACAUGGACGUGGACGUGGACGUGGACGUGGACGUAGAAAUGGACGUGGACGUGGACGUGGACGUAGAAAUGGACGUGGACGUGGACGUGGACGUGGACGUGAAGGUGGACGUGGACGUGGACGUAGAAGUGGACGUGGACGUAGAAAUGGACGUGGACGUAGAAAUGGACGUGGACGUGGACGUGGACGUGGACGUGGAGGUGGAAGUGGACGUGGACGUGGACGUGGAAGUGGACGUGGACGUGGACGGGGAGGUGGACGUGGACGUGGACGUGGAGGUGGACGUGGACAUGGACGUGGAUGUGGACGUGGAGGUGGACGUGGACGUGGACGUGGACGUGGACGUGGACCUGGACCUGGACGUGGACAUGGACGUGGACGUGGACGUGGACGUGGAAGUGGACGUUGACGUGGACCUGGACGUGGACGUGGACGUGGACGUGGAGGACGACAUGGACGUGGACGUGGACGUGGACGCGGACGCGGACGUGGACGCGGACGUGGACGUCGACUUGGACGUGGACGUGGACGUGGACGUAGAAAUGGACUUGGACGUGGACGUGGACGUGGACAUGGACGUGGACGUGGACGUAGAAAUGGACGUGGACGUGGACGUGGACGUGGACAUGGACGUGGAAGUGGACGUGGACGUGGACCUGAACGUGGACCUGGACGUAGACAUGGACGUGGACGUGGACGUUGACGUGGACGUGGACGUGGACAUGGACGUGGACGUGGACGUGGACGUGGACGUAGAAAUGGACGUGGACGUGGACGUGGACGUGGACCUGGACGUGGACGUGGACGUGGACGUGGACGUGGACAUGGACGUGGACGUAGACCUGGACGUGGACGUGGACAUGGACGUGGACGUGGACGUGGACGUGGACGUAGAAAUGGACGUGGACGUGGACGUGGACGUAGAAAUGGACGUGGACGUGGACGUGGACGUGGACGUGGACGUGGACGUGAAGGUGGACGUGGACGUGGACGUAGAAGUGGACGUGGACGUAGAAAUGGACGUGGACGUAGAAAUGGACGUGGACGUAGAAAUGGACGUGGACGUGGACGUGGACGUGGACGUGGACGUGGAGGUGGAAGUGGACGUGGACGUAGACGUGGAAGUGGACGUGGACGUGGACGGGGAGGUGGAGGUGGACGUGGACGUGGAGGUGGACGUGGACAUGGACGUGGACGUGGACGUGGAGGUGGACGUGGACGUGGACGUGGACCUGGACCUGGACGUGGACAUGGACGUGGACGUGGACGUGGACGUGGACGUGGAAGUGGACGUUGACGUGGACCUGGACGUGGACGUGGACGUGGAGGACGACAUGGACGUGGACGUGGACGUGGACAUGGACGUGAACAUGGACGUGGACAUGGACGUGGACGUGGACGUGGACGUGGACAUGGACGUGGAAGUGGACGUGGACGUAGAAAUGGACGUGGACGUGGACGUGGACGUGGACGUGGACGUGGACGUGGACAUGGACGUGGACGUGGACGUGGACGAGGACGUGGACGUGGACGUGGACGUGCACAUCGAAAUGGACGUAGACAUGGACGUGGACGUGGACGUGAACGUGGACGUGGACGUGGACGUGGACAUGGACGUGGACGUGGACGUGGACGUGAACGUGGACGUGGACGUGGACGUGGACGUAGACAUGGACGUGGACAUGGACGUGAACGUGGACGUGGACGUGGACGUGGACGUGGACGUGGACGUGAACGUGGACGUGGUCGUGGUCGUGGACGUGGACGUGGUCGUGGGCGUGGUCAUGGACGUGGACGUGGACAUGGACGUGGUCGUGGUCGUGGACGUGGACGUGGACGUGGUCGUGGACGUGGACGUGGACGUGGACGUGGAGGACGUGGACGUGGACGUGGAGGACGUGGACGUGGAGGACGUGGACGAGGACGUGGAGGACGUGGACGAGGACGUGGAGGACGUGGACGUGGACGUGGACGUGGACGUGGACCUAGACGUGGACGUGGAAGUGGACGUGGACCUGGACGUGGACCUGGACGUGGACCUGGACGUGGACGUGGACGUGGACGUGGACGUGGACGUGGACGUGGACGUGGACCUGGACGUGGACGUGGACGUGGACCUGGACGUGGACGUGGACGUGGACGUGGACGUGGACGUAGAAAUGGACGUGCUUGUGCACGUGCACGUGGACGUGGACGUGCACGUGGACGUGGACGUGGACGUGGACGUGAACGUGGACGUGGUCGUGGUCGUGGACGUGGACGUGGACGUGGACGUGGUCGUGGACGUUGACAUGGACGUGGUCGUGGACGUGGACUUGGACAUGGACGUGGUCGUGGUCGUGGUCAUGGACGUGGACAUGGACGUGGAGGACGUGGACGAGGACGUGGAGGACGUGGACGUGGACGUGGACGCGGAAGUGGAUGUGGACGUGGACGUGGACGUGGACCUGGACGUGGACCUGGACGUGGACGUGGACGUGGACGUGGACGUGGAAGUGGACGUGGACCUGGACGUGGACCUGGACGUCGACAUGGACGUGGACAUGGACGUGGACAUGGACGUGGACGUGGACGUGGACGCGGACGUGGACGUGGACGUGGACGCGGACGUGGACGUGGACGUGGACGUGGACGCGGACGUGGACGCGGACGUGGACGUGGACGUGGACGGGGACGUGGAGGUGGACGUGGACGUGGACGGGGACGUGGACGUGGACGUGGACGCGGACGUGGACGUGGACGUGGACGCGGACGUGGACGUGGACGUGGACGUGGACGCGGACGUGGACGUGGACGUGGACGUGGACGUGGACGUGGACGCGGACGUGGACGCGGACGUGGACGCGGACGUGGACGCGGACGUGGACGCGGACGCGGACGUGGACGCGGACGUGGACGUGGACGUGGACGUGGACGUGGACGUGGACGUGGACGUGGACGUGGACGUGGACGUGGACGUGGACGUGGACGUGGACGUGGACGUGGACGUGGACGCGGACGUGGACGUGGACGUGGACGUGGACGUGGACGUGGACGCGGACGCGGACGUGGACGCGGACGUGGACGUGGACGUGGACGCGGACGUGGACGCGGACGUGGACGUGGACCUGGACGUGGACGUGGACGUGGACGUGGACGUGGACGUGGACGCGGAUGUGGACGUGGACGUGGACGCGGACGUGGACGUGGACGUGGACCUGGACGUGGACCUGGACGUCGACCUGGACGUGGACAUGGACGUGGACAUGGACGUGGACGCGGACGUGGACGCGGACGUGGACGCGGACGUGGACGCGGACGUGGACGUGGACGUGGACGUGGACGCGGACGUGGACGUGGACGUGGACGCGGACGUGGACGUGGACGUGGACGUGGACGUGGACGUGGACGCGGACGUGGACGUGGACGUGGACGUGGACGUGGACGUGGACGUGGACGGACGUGGACGCGGACGUGGACGCGGACGUGGACGCGGACGCGGACGUGGACGUGGACGUGGACGUGGACGUGGACGUGGACGCGGACGUGGACGCGGACGUGGACGCGGACGCGGACGUGGACGCGGACGCGGACGUGGACGUGGACGCGGACGUGGAUGUGGACGUGGACGCGGACGUGGACGUGGACGUGGACGCGGACGUGGACGCGGACGUGGACGUGGACGUGGACGUGGACGUGGACGUGGACGUGGACGUGGACGCGGACGUGGACGCGGACGUGGACGUGGACGUGGACGUGGACGUGGACGCGGACGUGGACGUGGAUGUGGACGCGGACGUGGACGUGGACGUGGACGUGGACGUGGACGUGGACGUAGAAAUGGACGUGGACGUGGACGUAGAAAUGGACGUGGACGUGGACGUGGACGUGGACGUGGACGUCGAAGUGGACGUGGACGUGGACCUGGACGUGGACGUAGACGUUACGUGGACGUGGACGUGGACGUGGACGUGGACGUGGACGUGGAAGUGGACGUGGACGUGGACGUGGACGUGGACGUAGAAAUGGACGUGGACGUGGACGUGGACGUAGAAAUGGACGUGGACGUGGACGUGGACGUGGACGUGGACGUGGACGUGGACAGGGACGUGGACGUGGACAUGGACGUGGACUCGGACGUGGACAUGGACGUGGACGUGGACGUGGACGUGGACGUGAACGUGGAAGUAGACGUGGACGUGGACGUAGAAAUGGACGUGGACGUGGACGUGGACGUGGACCUGGACGUGGACUUGGACGUGGACGUGGACGUAGAAAUGGAUGUGGACUUGGACGUGGACGUGGACGUAGAAAUAGAUGUGGACGUGGACGUGGACUUGGACGUGGACGUGGACGUGGACGUGGACGUGGACGUGGAUGUGGACGUGGACGCAUGCUUGAUCCGGACGCAUGCUUGA